AUGAAGUGUUUCUAUUUCAGCUCUGUCUCUGAAGAUCUGGGUUGCAGACGCGGAGAGUUUAGCAGAAAGCAUUACGGAUCUGUGGAGCUUCUUAUAUCUAGUGAUGCCGAUGGAGCCAUUCAGAGAGCUGGACGGUUCCGCGUGGAAAACGGCUCCUCUGGUGAGAAUACAGACAAUGCUCCGGGCACAUGGCACAGAACUGAUGUGCAUUUGGAAAACCCAGAGUAUCAUACAAGAUGGUACUUCAAAUAUUUUUUAGGGAAAGUUCAUCAAAAUUAUAUAGGUACAGAUGCAGAGAAGAACCCUUUCUUUCUGUCUGUGGUACUGUCUGACCAAAAUAAUCAACGUGUUCCUCAGUACCGUUCAAUACUUUGGAGAAAAAUAGGUACUCAGAAAAUAUGUCUCCCGUACAGUCCCACAAAAACAUUAUCAGUGAAAUCUAUUUUAAGUGCUAUGAGUCUCAACAAAUUUGAGAAAAGUCCAAGGGAAAUAUUUCAUCCUGAGAUACAAAAGGAUUUAUUGGUUCUUGAAGAGCAAGAGGGAUCUGUGAAUUUUAAAUUUGGAGUCCUUUAUGCUAAGGAUGGGCAGCUUACAGAUGAUGAAAUGUUCAGCAAUGAAACAGGAAGUGAAAGCUUUCAAAGAUUUUUGGAUCUCUUGGGUGACACAGUUACUUUGAAGGGCUGGACAGGCUACAGAGGAGGACUAGACACUAAAAGACCUGAAAUAACAGGAACCUGUUCCAUCUAUACAAUUUUUCAAGGGCAUGAAAUAAUGUUCCAUGUUUCAACCAUGCUGCCAUAUUCUAGAGAGAACAAACAGCAGUUUAGCAAUAUUGUUUUACCAUUCUCUCACAGAAUUAAUAUUUUUGCCUUAGUGAAAUAUAAUAAGCAGAAUGAUAGUUACAGGCUGAAGAUAUUUUCAGAAGAAAGUGUUCCUCUCUUUGGUCCUCCCCUUCCAUCCCCACCCGUGUUUACAAAUCACCGGGAAUUCAGGGAUUUUGUGUUAGUCAAAUUAAUAAACGGGGAAAAAGCCACCUUAGAAACCCCAACAUUUUCUCAGAAACGUCAGCGCACUCUGGAUAUGCUGAUCCGCUCUUUAUACCAAGACCUGAUGCCUGAUCUACAUAAGAACAUGCUCAAUAGAAGGUCCUUCAGUGAUGUGUUACCAGAGUCCCCAAAAUCAACACGGAAGAAAGAGGAAGCUCGGCAAGCAGAGUUUGUCCGACUUGGUCAGGCAUUGAAAUUGAAAACCACUGUGAAAGGGGAUGCCGCAGCCAACUUGGCAACCACAAGCUUUUGUAAAAAGGAGCCUUGGGAAUCUCAAUCUUUCUGCAGUAAUUUUCCUCAUGAGGUUGUCUGUGCAGAUUCUUGGGGCCAGUCCUUGCUGGUUUCUACAGAUGUUGGCAUCUUGUUAAUAGAUGAUGGUCAACCGUCAGUGCAAGUAUUUGAUAAAACUCUCCAAAUAAAGCAGAUGCAUGUGUUGGAAGCUCUGGAUCUUUUGAUUGCCCGAACAGACAAAGGGAAGGACUCUCGUCUCCUUGUCUUCAGACUCAGUGCUGUCCAAAAAGGUAUAGAAACAAAGCAAAUGAUAAGGAGCAAAUAUGACUGCAGGGAAAAUAAACUGGAGAGAACAAAAGGCUGCCAUUUGUACGCCAUUAAUACUCACCAUGGCAGUGAACUGAGGAUUGUUGUGGCUAUUCGGAACAAACUACUUCUCGUCACAAAGAAAUAUAAUCCAUGUAACAGUUUAACCAGCAGCUCUCUGCUAUCAUCAUGUGACUCUCCAGUGGAGGAGUUCCAGUACAUCCGGGAAAUAUGCCUUUCUGACCCUCCAGUGGUUAUGACGCUGGUGGAUGGACCUACUGGAGACAGCGACAAUAUGAUCUGUGUAGCGUAUCGGCAUCAGUUUGAUCUAGUUAAUGAGAGUACUGGGGAAUCCUAUAGAUUGCAUCAUGUUGAAACAAACAGGGUUAAUUUUGUUGCAGCUAUUGAUGUAUAUGAAGAUGGUGAAGCUGGUCUGCUGUUGUGUUAUAACUAUGUUUGCCAAUACAGAAAGGUAUAUCCUUUCAAUGGAGGUUCUCCACUGAUCCAGCCAUCAGCUUAUGACUUCCACUUCAGCUGGAAUCAAGUUCCUUAUGCUGUUGUCUGUGCUUUCCCUUAUAUCCUUGCCUUCACUACUGAUUCCAUUGAGAUCCGAUUAGUGGUGAAUGGAAACUUAGUCCACACAGCAGUUGUGCCUGAGCUUCAACUUGUAGCAUCAAGGUCAGAUAUUUAUUUUAAAGCUACUGCUGCAGUAAGUGGAUCAUCUGACAGCAGCUCUAAGGAAAUGAGUUCAAGUUCUCCUCAAACACCGACAGCUUAUGAAAUACCAGAAUGUCCUCUUUCUUCUCUAGAAGGUGAAGUUGCAUGCAAAAACCUGUACAAAAUUCCUCUCAGUAAUCUGGUUGGGCGAAGCAUUGAGCGACCUCUGAAGUCACCUUUGGCUCCCAAGGUCAUCACUACUACAGCAUCCAGUGGCAUUGCCUCGCUUCCGGUUACUCACUCACUAUCCUUAUCUCGUAUGGAAAUUAAAGAAAUUGCAAGCAGAACACGUAAAGAAUUGCUGGGCCUCUCAGAUGAGCGUGUACCCAAGACAGAAAGUGCUCAGAAGCAAGAAAAUGUUCCUCGAAGACAGUCAGACCCCAAGAAGGGAGCAGUAAGAUCAACUAGUAGUGACAGGAUAAUCUCAAGCUCCUUUGAAAGCUAUUCUGAAGGACGUCAUAUUUCCACUAGUUCAGAUCCCGAUACUUUAGCAAAGAGGGAGGAGAACUCACCAUCUAGCUAUCCAUUUCAGCUGGUUUCUUUAUAUGAUGAAGACAUCAUUGACUUGAAGUGAAGAGAGUCUUAAAAAAUUUCUUCCUUACUUCACAUUUUCUUACAACUCUGUGAGCUCUAUGGGAAUGUCACAAACACUGCUUCUAGUGGUAAAAUGUGGCUGGAAGUGUUGGUGAUUAAUCUUUAUAGAACCCGUGUUGUUCUGGCUAGUUCAGCCUGAUUUGGUGAUGUUUGUAUCUUUGACAUAGGUAUGUUUUCUUUUCUCAGUUAAUGAACCGUUACUUUUUGUGGCAUUCUAACAGUAGGUAAUCAGUGAGAGAUUUAGACUGAAACUGAAGUAAAUAAAAAGUAUUACUGGUUCUGAGCU